AUGGCUUCAUCUCAAUGUCCCAUUGAUCGAAACUUCAUUGUAGUGGAUUUCCACUAUAAUGGAGCGUUUGCACCCAACCCAUUAGUAUACUUUGAUCCCGACAAACAAUCAGUAGGAGAUGUUGACUUCAGUGCAUUUGAGUACGAGGAGUUCAUGGAAUUCCUUCAAAAGCUCACCAGAACUAGAAGCAAAGACAUUUACUUUUGCCUUCCACAAGAGUCUUUAAGUCAGGGAAUUCAUACACUGGUGAAUGACGGUGAUUACAAAGAAUUUUUGGAUUUGGCUUAUGCAAAUGAGAGGAGAAUGAAUGUGUAUGUGGACCACUGUAAUGAACCAAUCUUCGAAUGGAUUGAGGAUGAGGAAAAUGAAGAUCAAGACUACAGCUGUGAAGAGGAUGAAGACUCAGUAUUCUCGGAGACUUAUUCUGUUGACCAUGAAGAAGAUGAUGUUGAAUAUCCAUUCCCAGCCAACAAAACCAAGGGUGACAGGUUCUUAAACAAACUUUGUGUAGACACAUUAGAUGAAGAUGUUGAAUAUGUUGAACCUCGAUACCCUGUACAUGAUGAUAGACAACCAUGGAAUCAGAUGAAACCAGUGUUAGGUAUGCGAUUUUCUAACCCUGAUGAGCUUAAAAACAUGUUGAGCAACUAUGCAGUUGCUGGUGGAUAUGAUCUCUGGUUUGAAAAAAAUGACUCCCAAAGGCCUGUGAUUGGCCUUGAUGGUUGCUUUCUAAAGGGUAUUGUGAGGGGAGAAGUUUUGGCAGCUGUAGGGAGGGAUGCAAACAACCAAAUCUACCCUAUAGCAUGGGCUGUAGUUGGAGUUGAGAACAAGGCCACAUGGAAGUGGUUCAUAGAUCUUCUCAUGGAUGAUAUUGAUGGUGGUCUUGGUGCAGGCAUUACCCUUCUUUCUGAUGGACACAAGGGGUUGCUACAAGCAGUAAAAGAAAGGUGUCCAGAAGCUGAACACAGACAAUGUGCCAGGCACAUUGUGGCUAAUUUUACUAAAAGGUUUACCGGUCAACAUUUCAGGAAGCUUUUUUGGAGGGCUGUUAGAGCUAGUACUGAACAUAAGUUCAAACAUGUAAUGGAAAACAUCAAAUCUUUAGAUACUCAAGCAUAUCAGUACCUUAUGGACAGAGAUCCUAGUAGCUGGUCUAAGGCAUUUUUUAAAGAGGGCAGAGAUUGUGAUGCAGUUGAGAAUGGGGUGAGUGAGAGUUUCAAUUCUGCUAUUAGGCAUGCUAGAAGGAAACCAAUCAUCACUAUGCUAGAGGAGAUUAGGAUAUUUGUGAUGGAGAGGAUAUACACUCUUAGAGUAGAAGGAAUUGAAUGGGAUUUGAAUAUCUGUCCAAGUAUUAGGAAGCGUAUACAAGAUUUGAAGGUUAAAAAGAGAUUGUGGGGGGUUACUCCUUGUGGUUAUCAAAAGUAUGAAGUUAGGUUCCAUGAUGCAGCAUAUGGAGUAGAUCUAAUUGCAAAGACUUGUGCAUGCAGAAUAUGGCAACUUACAGGGAUACCAUGCUUACAUGGAGUAGCUGCAAUCUCUUCCCUGAAUCAAGAUGCAGAAACAUAUGUGUCCCAAUCAUACAGUAAAGAGGCUUAUCUAAAAUGCUAUAAUUAUAGCAUUAACCCUCUCAAUGCACCAAGUUCAUCCAGGGAUAGUGGAGCAGGACCAAGUCAACCACCAGCAGCAGCCGAACCACCUCCACCACCACCACCAGUAGCAGCCCAACCACCUCCACCUCCACCUCCACCACCACCACCAGCUGCAAGGCCUGUCCCAAGAAGGGCCCCAAUUGGUAGAACUGGACGAAGGAACUAUUCUGAAAGGAUUGUCAAAAUGGCAUUGAGGAGGAACAUACCUGGGGUUGGGAGCAGUGCAGAGAACCCGGCAGUCCUUAAUUAA